AUGUCAAUGCCGUCAGAGAAAAGUUUCCCGGCGACUGUGGUGACGCCAAUCCCUGUGGAUCCGUACAUAAGGCGCAUAGAUGACAGGAGGCGCUGCGUAAUGCUUGUCGCUGGCAUUUUCACUGCCACCGCCAUAUCCACGCAUUACUGCUUCAAUCUCAUCAGUGAGUAUCUAAAGAGCCGUUAUCAAUACGGUCAGGCGGAGUUAACGGUCAUCAGCACCGUCGGCACGAGCGUUGGCGCCUUCACGUUUCCCGCGGGUGUUGUCUUUGACUAUUUAGGUGCAUCAGUGGCUGUGGCGGUGCCGUGCAGCAUCGCCACCGUCGGUUUUGUGCUGCUGGGGCUCACAUUUAGCGACCACAUUGCAGGGUCUGUUGUUCGGCUCUCAGUGUUUUACGCGACGAUAUGCCUUGGGGCGUCCUCAAUGGACACGGGGAGUUUGAUGACGAACAUCCUCAACUUCCCUCGUGACCGCGGCGCUGUUCUCGUGCUGCAGAAGACGUUCAACGGCCUCGGCACGUCUAUCCUGGCCAUUUGGUUUGCAAGUUUUUUCCCAAACCGCUACGAUACAUUGGCUUUUUUCACAGCGGGUGUGGUCUUUCUAUUUGGUAUGGCAGGCGCUACAUUCUUGCGAUUGCCGCCAUAUUACUUGACUGCCUGGCAAAGGAAGAGUCUUUCCGAAGAGGAAGUACUGGCGAGGGAAGUGACGCGCGAUAUUUACAUGACGCAGCGGCCGUCGAAGCGGCGGCUUGGAGUUGGGUAUGUGGUGCUUGCCAUACUGUUUAUUUUUGUCACAGUCCAGUCUCUCGUGGUGGCGUAUGUGGAUGUGGCGCAGCGGACACAGCUCGUAAUGGGCAUAGUUACCACGUGUCUCUUGGUGUCUCUCAUCUUCAUUGCGCUACCAGUGCGCUUCCUGGAUGCGCCAGACGCCGACGCCAACUCCAGCGCAGACCGAAGCCCAUUGAAGACGUCACUUCCUGAGACUCGGAGUGCGGUGACGUCCAUUGGUGUGGAGCCAUGCGGUGCUCGGCGGCAGCUACAUGACCAUCGGGAGGAAGUCAUGCACCGUGAGUCGGGGGGCCUGGACGAUCCGCUCCUACAGCCGCGUCGUUCUCAGCGGCACAGUUACGCCGCAACGCUACCGGGUCCUCCUCCUGAAAGAAUACCAGAGCCGCAGUACCAAGGCGAUUUUUCCUCGCAUUUGCUUUUCCUCGACAUAUGGCUCCUGUUUUGGACUUGUUUCUGCAACUGGGGCACGGGCCACCUUAUAGUCGCGAACGUCACGCAGAUUUAUCGCUCGAUGAAUAACAACCACUACGUGGCUUCUGCAAACACUUUGUACAUAACGCUCAUUGGGGUGGGCAGCGCAUUUGGGCGUGUAAUAACGGGUUGCAUAGAGAUGGUGAUUGACAAGCGUGCUUAUGCGGCAUAUGAAAAGUUGCAGCAGCAGCAGCGUUAUCAACAACAGCUACCGAUUUUGCCACAUACCAAGCGCAAACUCCACAUCAUCAUGGUCUACCCACUCCCAUCUGUUCUCAUGACUCUCAGUUUGGGAAUUCUGCUAUUAAUUCCAGUGGAAGGAAUUGUAGUGCCACUUGUGCUUAUCAGCUUUGCGUUAGGGUAUAGCUUGGCGUGCACCACGCUUGUGGUUCGUUCACUCUUUGCAAGGGAGGUUGGUAAACACUACAACUUCCUCUUCUUUGGUUCCUCCUGUGCAAACAUUGCCCUCAACCGCUUUAUGUUUGGUGAGCUCUUUGAUCGAGAGGGGAGAAGAACAGGGAUGUAUCCACAUUGUGCAGGUCGCCGGUGUGUACAGACAAGCUUUUUGAUCCUACUGGGCCUCAAUGCCACGGCCAUGGUCACAUCUGAACUGGUGUGCUGGAGAUUUUUGCACUACGUCUCUCAGGAGGAGCAGCAGCAGCAAAAUGUUGCGCAUGACUACAUUGAUGAUUAUAAUGAUAUCCGGUAG